AAUCUCUUCAUUUCGAAUAUGGCAUAGAGAUCAGUCGAAUGCCUGCAUUUGUACCAAUAUACGAUAAGAAAAAUAAAUAUUUGGGUAAUUCUACAUAUCUGUUCCACGAUUUCAUCCAACACCUGGAAAAUGAGUGCAGAAUAAACAAGAAGGAAAUAGUGAUAUGUGAGUUUGUUUGAAUUGCAAGAAUGUAAUGCAGUUGAGUUGAGAACGGAAUAGCAAAUACUUUCUGAAGCUCCGAAGGGAAUUAUUAAUAACUUCACAAUAAAUUAAUGUUUGCUGUUCAUUACAUGUAUUGGAUUUGUUAUUGUGAAUCCUUGACGAAAUAUAUGAAGAAUAAGUGAUUCUACUUCCGGUUAUACUGAGGGUAGAUGACAUAUUGAGAUAUCCACAUCAUCCAGAAGAAGUUGAAAUGAUAAAAAUGAGCGUAACAGCAAUGUUGGUCAUACUAGCAGGAAACCUAUGGCUGUUGCUUCAUUUUCUAGCUAUUUAUGAUUCUCUGAAAAUCAUUUCGAAACAAGAAGACUAUGUUGUUGCCGAAAAACUAAGUGUGCAGAUAUAUGUUAUUGGAGCAUUGAAGGGAUGUUUAUUUUUUUGUGCUCUGGCUCAUUAUUUCGGAAGAAAAAUUUCAAUUGGCACCACCGGAUUGCCGUUAGCAGUUGGAUAUUUACUAUUAUCGGUUGCUGAGAAUAUUGGAGUUAUCUGUUGUGGAAGAUUUUUAAUGGGAUUCUCAUGGGGAGGAACUUUGGCCGUUCUACCCAUCUAUUUCGGAGAAAUUGCCACUAAAUCGUCCAGAGGAAUUAUAUUAACAACAAUAGUAGUCUCGCUUCAAAUUGGCAGUAUCUUAGGUAUGAGUAUAAACCAAAUUGAUAUUAGUCCAUUACUGAAAUGUGUGGUACCUGGACUAGCGGUACUCUUUUCAAUAUUUUUUUUCAUUUUUGGAACGGAGACACCUCAUUACCACCUACUUAAAAACGACAAAAUCAUUUCAAAAUCAGUUUUGGAAAACCUACGUAACACAACACAAAACGAAAUUGAAAAAGAGUUUGAAGAAAUGCAAGGAGACAUUAUUUAUUCAGGAGAAGAAAAAGUGAUGGCUUGUUUCAAAGCAAAUGGUUGGGUGAAAUCCGUCUUCGUUCUUUUGAGUCUCAAUUUUCUUCAAAGUCUAUCCAUGGUGACCUUCAUGAAAAAUCUAACUAUUAAAGUUUUCGACAGGACUGGUUUCAAUCUCACUGUAUCACAGAUGCUCAUGAUUGUGGGGACACCGAAACCAAGUAAACUCCAAUGCUCUAAGAAGAUGAAUGUAGCGGAUUUGUUCAUCAUAUCAGAGCACUAUUCUGUCGAUUUAUUUGUUGGGUGUGAAAUUGGCUGAGGCUGCUAGAUUCUAUGGAGAGAGGAGCAUCUAUUCGAUUGGAGACUCAAACAUCACAAGAAAACUCAAUGAAGGAAGAUUGGCGAUUUGUCUCUUUCCUAUACUACCUUUACGGAAAUGCAACAUAUCUCUAACUACACUUUUUUAAAACUCUUUCAUCUGAAAGUUUUGUAUGGAAAUGGUGAAUUUUUUGAGAAACAGAGAAACUCUUUUUUGCAGAUCUUAUCAAUUUCAAAUGAAUACAUGUGCUGGCAAUUACAAAAUACAGUUAUAUAUGUAAGAAUUGAACCAUAUUAAUGAAAAUGCUUUUCACUGCAGUAUGAAUGAUGAA